UUCCCGCCAGAUUUUUAAGUUUCAUUUCUCGCUCUGACUGCUGGCUUCUCCUCCCUCGGCCUUUUCGCGAAGCCGAGUCUCCCGGCUUUCGGGGAGCAGAGAGCGCCAGCCAUGGAUCACCGGGGCGGAAAGGCCACGAGGACAGCUUCAAAGGCCGCGACCGCUACCUCCAAGAUUUCGGCUCAGGGAGUGAAGGGUCUCCGGGAGGAACCUAGCGAAUCUCCGUCCGCCCCUGGGGCUACCCGACCCAACUCACGGAAGUGCGGCGCCGUCGGGGCAGCGGGAUCCCUGCAGAGGAGGAGCAUCCCCGGCUCCCCGGAGAGACCCCAGGUACGCGCGCGGGGUGCCCGCGCCAAAAAGGCGCUUCUGGACGCUGAGGACGCGGUGGAGGGGCAGGCGGUUUCGGCGGCGAAGCUGGAGCCUCCGGCGGCGGGGCCGCCCCUUUCCAGGGUUAGUUCUCGCCGCAGGGGCAGCGCGCGCGCCGCUGGGGAGCAGAGACCCCCGCCAGAGCCCACGGAGGUUCCCAGCCCUGGCCCGCUAGUUUCAGCUUCGGGGGCGGCGCCCGGCGGCUGGAAUCCCCGGGCGGUGCUAGACAAAUUGAGGCUGAGGCGCCAGGAAAUCUCAUUGGCGGCUGAGACUGUGAACAAGGUUGUGGACCACCUGCUGCGGGGCUUGAAGAGCUGUGAUUCCGAAUUCAAAGACGUCGGGCUGCUGCGCACCGGAAGCUACUACGAGCAUGUGAAGAUUUCUGCUCCUAAUGAAUUUGAUAUUAUGUUCAAACUGGAGGUCUCCAGAAUUCAGCUAGAAGAGUAUCGCAACAGUGGUGCAUAUUACUUUGUGAAGUUCAAAAGAAAUCCUAAAGGAAAUCCUCUGAGUCCGUUUUUAGAAGGGGAAAUAUUAUCAGCUUCUAAGAUGCUGUUGAAGUUUAGGAAAAUCAUUAAGAAAGAAAUUGAAAACAUUGAAGAUGUCGUUGUCCAGAGGAAGAAGAGAGGGAGUCCUGCUGUAACACUUCUUAUUAGAAAACCUAAAGAAAUAUCUGUGGAUAUAACCCUGGCUUUGGAGUUAAACACCAGCUGGCCUGCUAGCACCAAGAAUGGCCUGCCCGUCAAGGACUGGCUUGGAACAAAAGUUAGAAGCAGUCUAAGACAGCAGCCAUUUUACCUGGUCCCCAAGCAUGCAAAGGAAGGAAAUGGUUUUCAAGAAGAAACGUGGCGGCUAUCUUUCUCUCACAUUGAAAAGGACAUUUUGAAAAGUCACGGACAAUCUAAAACAUGCUGUGAAAUUAAUGGGAUGAAGUGUUGCAGGAAAGAUUGUCUAAAACUAAUGAAAUAUCUUUUAGAACAAUUGAAAAUAAAGUUUGAAAACCGAAAGGAACUGGAUAAGUUCUCCUCUUACCAUGUGAAAACUGCCUUCUUUCAUGUAUGUACCCAGGAGUCACAAGACAGUCACUGGCACACUAGAGACCUGGAGCUCUGUUUUGAUAACUGUGUGGCAUACUUUCUUCAGUGCCUGAAGAUAGAACAUCUUGAGCAUUAUUUUAUUCCUGGAUUCAAUCUAUUCUCUCGGGACCAAAUUGACAAAAUAAGUAAAGAAUUUCUAUCAAAGGAAAUUGAAUAUGAGAGAAACAAUGGAUUUCCAGUUUUUCAUAAACUUUGAAAUUAUAUUUUUAAAAAGAAUCAAGAAUUAGAGUGACUUUAUAAUAUUGCAGUGUUUGAAAUUUGUCACAUUAAUGAUUAACUAAAAUGAAUGUAAAUCAUUUAACUCUUUUGUCUUAAUGAACUAUAAUCAGUAUAAACAGAUUGAUUAUCCUAGGAAAGAGGUUAGUCAAGGAAUAAAGAAGCAAAAGGAGUAUUUACAAUAUAAAAGCUUUACUAGACUGGAAUGAAAAGGACAAAAUACUUAUCACCUGAAUUAAAUUCAUCAAGCACUUAGUAAACACCACUUCUCACCUAGCACAAAUGUAGAAAUUUGCAAGAGAUGUUAGAAAUGAUCAUUGCCUCCAUAAAAAUGGCAGACUUUGUUCAAUGCUCAAACAUAUUUGGAAGCAAUGUCUUGUCACAUAUGCCAGAAUCAGUAAGAAGGAAAUGAAAAGUCUACAUCAUCUCUACAUGUCUCAGGAAAUCCAUGUCAUAGCAAAAUAUAGAAUAAUGCACAUGGAUAAAUAUAAAACAUACAACUUACUUUUAUUAUAUUUAGUAACACUUUUAUAUAUAUUUCUGAAAAGGCAAUACAUGCAUAUGGUACAACAUUCAAAGAAACAGGUACUUCCAUACCUGCUAUUUCCAAAUGUUACCCUUUCUCCUCUGUGCUCAGGCAGCAUUCAACUUAGAAGCAGCUGCUGUUUGUUAACUUUUUCCCAUUCAUACAUUUUGCACAUUUUCUUAUUGGCUAUUUUACUGUUUUCUCAUUUUUUGUAGUUCUUUAUAUAUUUUGGAUACUUACGCUUUGUUGGUUGUCUGUGUAACAAAUAACUUCUCUCAUUGUGUGGAGUGUCUUUACCAUUUUUGGUGUUUUAGUAAACAAGGUUUUAAAAUUUUAAUGUAGUUGAAUGUAUCAGUUUUCUCCUUUAUAGUCUGUGCAUUUUAUAUAUCCUGUUUAACAUACUAAGAGAAAAAUUAGACAUUUGGAGGAAAGUUUUGGGGACAGUAAAUCCUAAAUAAAUAGAAAACUAGACAAACAAAAAUCAAAACUACUUUUAAUUCCAGGAAGCAAAUGUGUGCAAGAAAAGUCUGAUUUGAUAAUAUUGGUCAGCUGUAAUUGUAUGUGAAGGCAAAGUAAUAUAACCAUUGACUAUCAGUGUCAUCAAAAUUAUGAUUAAGGAGGAUAAAGGAAUAGACUGAGUGCUUAUAUGGUGAUAGUGAGGUAGAGGGGUUGGAUUCUGUAGUUUCCUAUUGCUCCAUAACAAGUUACCACAAAUUU